AUGGGGAAGAUUAUCUUCUACGAGGACCACAACUUCUCUGGACGUCGGCACACGUGCACGGAUGACUGUGCCGACCUGAGCGGCCUCAUCAGUCGCUGCAACUCCAUCAGCGUGGAGAGCGGCUGCUUCAUGAUCUACGAGAAACCGAACUUCUGUGGUAAUCAGUACUACCUGAGGAGAGGGCAGUAUCCAGACUUCCACCACUGGAUGGGCGUCAGUGACUCUGUCAGCUCCUGUUACCUUAUACCUGAAGACCCCGGCUCUUUCAAUAUCCGCCUGUACGAGCGAACCGAAUUCGGAGGCUUGAUGAUGGACCUGACGGACGACUGCCCCAGCGUCAUGGAGCGUUUCCACCUGAACAACAUCUUCUCCUGCCACGCCGUCAGCGGCAACUGGCUCUUUUACGAGCAUCCGCAUUACAGGGGCAGGAUGCACCUGAUCAGGCCCGGGGAGUACAAGAGGUUCACGGAGUGGGGGGGCAGGAGCGCCAGGGUGAGCUCCGUUAGACGCAUCGCUGACUACUGAGCUUUUGGAGGAUGGUUCCAGAACUUCCGGAAGUUUUAAAUUGUUACUAGAGAUGUCUUAAUUAAUUUGCAGAUUAAUGAGAUUUUUACAUUUUUAAAUAUUUUUUACAUACCUAGAUUGCUUAAGACCUGAUUAGCAUUGUUGAGAACGAGGGUUUAAUUUUGAAAGAAACUCUGAAUCCACCAACUAUAUGUAACAAAAUUUGUACUUUUACAUUGGUAUAUUUUCGGACAAUCAUUUAGAUUAGUCACGAAUAAAA